AUGCCAAAGCGCCGAGGCACCAUUGGUGGCAACGGGGGUCCACCAAAGCGUCGACAAGGUCUUCGUGCGUCUUCUUUAAAAAUCAGGCUUGAGUCCAUCAUCUUUCAAGGCUUCGACUACGAGCAGGACAAGACUAACAACGUUCCUAGUAUACGCCUCAGCAAUGACGAGGCAGAAGAAAUUGUGACCAUUUGUGAGCAGCAUCCUUCACUGGCCACCAGCACAUUCCACAAAGAUAUUACUCCUCUUGCAUUCUUGAUCACAUGCAGAGCAAGCUUGGCUGUGAUCCAAUCGUUCUGCCAGAAAUUUCCUGACGCCUUGAAGGUGAAAUGGACCAUCGCUGCGGAGUGGGACAAGUGUCUUAACGGUAACGCUCCCAGGAAGAGACUGCACGAGAAACGCUGGCGUUCCUCCCCUGAAGGGCUCCCGCUAAAAACGGCAUGUUACGUAGCAGGCAACCUUGCUCGUGGAACCAUCUCAUUUCUUGUUGAAUCGUAUCCUGAGGCAGCCAACAGCAACUCAAUUGUUGAUCUUCUUCAAAACCAUCGCACAGCCACGCUUCGGGAUGUCAAGCCACUGGUGGAUGCUGUUGUCCGAUGUGGAGGCUUUCAGCAACAAGAAGGGGACCAAGCAACAGUGCUUGAAUGUGCCUUCCUCUAUUGCCGCUACAAAAGUGUGAUAGAGUACAUCAUUCCACACUGCCCACAUGUUUCACAUUUUAAACAUCGAUCUUACGAGUCUGAAGUGCGGGUCGAUCACUCUAGGAAUAUGGCGAAACUGUUGCCUCAGCUCGUCAAAUUGGACAUUGAUAUCAACUGGAAACUUCUCGGCCCAGCCUCCUGGCAGACUUUCACAAGAGUGCUGCAGGGCUCCCAUCGCUUACAAGAGCUCACUCUGCGGCUUUGGAACCAGGGCCAGAGCUGGUAUUGCCCAGGGAGUGGUCGCCUGGUUCCUCACUGGGUUUGGGCUCCUUUGAAUUCUGCAAUUGGCUCCAUUCCCACGCUCAAGACGUUGUUCCUGACCAAAGACCUCGACAUGCCCAAUGGGGAUGAGGGUGUCACAGACGCAGUUGUGAGCAUCUUGGGGCACAACACGUUGGAAAAUUUGACUUUGAAGGGCUUCCGGGCAGACCUUCAUGCCAUCAUCCAAGCAUUGAAACAGUCUGGCACUCUGCGAGAGUUUCAAGUCCAGGAUUGUGUCGAAUGUUGUCACCGCGAAGAGCUUCUGGAAUAUUUGAAAGCUGAGAAUACAACCUUGACUCGCCUGGGAAGCCACUUUCUGGGUGCAACAAUGCCUCCUCGCUGGCGAAGCAACUCGGUGGGCUGGUACGAUGAGCUUGGUAUCCAGCUCAACUACUAUUGUGAGCUAAACAAACUAGGCCGUGGCUUGGCUCGGGAUGCCUCAACAUCGGCGGAUGUUCUUGCUGGUCUCCUGACAAAGGCGAUGCUCACUCGGGACAACACUCUGGGCAAGCUGUUUGGUCUCUUGCAGCAUUUCACGUUCUAUGGGAAGAAAGCAUGGAGUCAACCAGCCACACGAGAGGCUUGGUUUGUAUUGGCAGCCAAUGCGACGAACAUUUGCGAUAUUGUUUAUUUAGGAACAAACAUGCAUCCAACUCUUUGGGACUAG